AUGCCGUUUGGGUUGACGAACGCACCAACAGUGUUCAUGGGCCUGAUGUACCGAAUCUUCCGACCCUAUCUGGAUAAGUUUGUAGUAGUAUUUAUUGAUGACAUUCUGGUUUACUCAAACAGUAAGGAGGACCACGAAGACCAUUUGAGGAAAGUGUUACAGUUGUUAAGGGAGCAUCAGUUAUAUGCCAAACUUUCUAAGUGUGAAUUCUGGUUAGAGAAAGUUGCCCUUUUGGGGCAUGUGAUUUCUAUGGAAGGAGUCUCGGUUGACCCGGCUAUGGUGCAAGCUGUACAGGAGUGGCCAAUCCCAAGGAAUGUGUCAGAGGUAAGGAGUUUCCUAGGAUUGACCGGAUAUUAUCGGAGGUUUAUAAAGGAUUUUUGGAUAAUAGCAAGACCGAUGACCAACUUAAUGAAAAAGGAAUGUAAGUUCAUUUGGUCUCCUGAGUGUGAGGAAGCAUUUAAAACCCUGAAAGAAAAAUUGACGACAGACCCCGUGUUAGCAUUACCUGACGAGAGUAAGUAG